AGCGCAAAAGUAGCAGCUCUCCGACCCUGACGCGCACACCAUCUCCGGCUCCGGCGGCUCCCCCCCGAAUCCAACUUCACUGAGCGGGGGAAUAAAAAAAAACACAGAGUUUCUUAACACCUCCCGGUUACUCUUCCAGCCAUGGACGCAUCUCGCGUGGUAACGCUAUAUCUGGGCCUGCUCCUUGUUUUCCUUGGGAAUAUACCGUGUUUCCAGUCUGCUGCUAUCAUCUCUCCCUCUGCGCCGAGGAGGAACAGGGGAGCCAGGAUCCCUCAUCCGGACGGACAAAGGUCGUCCAAAUUCUUAAAAGACAUCUUCACGUCUUCACAUCCUAUGGUGGGCCAUCACAAAGAAGACCUAAAGGACGCUAUUGUGCCGCAUGAAUACAUGCUCUCCAUAUACAGGACAUACUCGGCUGCAGAGAAGCUCGGACUAAACGCAAGCUUUUUCCGCUCCUCUAAAUCUGCCAACACCAUAACAAGUUUUGUGGACAGAGGAACAGACGAUCUUUUGCACUCUCCUCUGCGAAGACAAAAGUAUCUGUUUGAUGUCUCAACCCUUUCAGACAAAGAGGAGCUGGUCGGGGCGGAAUUAAGGAUAUUCAGGAGAGUGCCCGGGGAUUUGCAGAGAUCCCUGCAGACGACGGGUCUCUACGACAUCCAGCUCUACCCCUGUCGCUCGGACAGGCUGCUGGACUCCAGGUCUCUGGACCCGCUGGACUCCACUAAAACCGGCUGGGAGGUUUUGGACGUGUGGGAAAUGUUUAAAGCACAGCAGGAUCAUUAUCACCACCCCCACCACCACCAUCACCACCAUCAUCACUAUCAGCAGGGGAACCAGCUCUGCUUCCAGCUCAGGGUCACUCUUGGCAAAUCAGACACCGAGGUGGACCUGAGGCAGCUGGGGCUGGACAGGAGCGGCCGGUCCCAGCAGGAGAAGGCCAUCCUGGUGGCCUACACCCGCUCCAAGAAGAGGGAGAACCUGUUCAACGAGAUGAAGGAGAAGAUCAAGUCGCGAAGGUCGGUGGGCGAGAAGGAGGAAACGGCGGCGGCGGCGGCGAGGGCUGCAGAGGUGGAGGGGGUGUCGCUGAGGGGGGUCAAAGGAGAGGGGCCCCGGCGUCGGCGGAGGACCGCGCUGAGCAACCGGCACGGGAAGAGGCACGGGAAGAAAUCCAAAUCCAGGUGCAGCAAAAAGGCGCUGCACGUGAAUUUCAAAGAGCUGGGCUGGGACGACUGGAUCAUCGCGCCCCUGGAUUACGAGGCGUACCACUGCGAAGGGGUGUGCGACUUCCCCCUGAGGUCGCACCUCGAGCCGACCAACCACGCCAUCAUACAGACGCUCAUGAACUCCAUGGACCCCAACAGCACCCCGCCCAGCUGCUGCGUCCCCACCAAACUCAGCCCCAUCAGCAUCCUGUAUAUAGACUCGGGCAAUAACGUGGUGUACAAACAGUACGAGGACAUGGUGGUGGAGCAGUGUGGGUGCAGGUAGCGGCCACUGUUUGUUCUAAAACAAACAAACAAAAAACUUUUAAAGACAGAAAAAAAUCAAAGUUAUGUCUUGAUGGGUCCCAGGUUGACGAUAUAAAGUCCUCACAGGUCUGAAAUGCUUUGACGCAUGACGCCUUGUCUUUAUUCAAAAGGGAUGCACACAAGAGGCGAUGUCUGCUAUUUAUUCCGACUCAGUACAGUCACAUUAAUUCACGCUCUCUGCCUUAAAGUGUUACGCACAGACAUUCCCAUCCACGCAACAAGUUAUCACUCAUCAAACAGGCUUUUGUUUCCCAGAGUGAGACGUGUCCAUAUGGCACAAGGAUUGGGGUACAUGGUGUGUGAUCUGACUGAGGGCGAGAUGGGAGCCUAUUGAGUCCGACUGUGCACCUGUUCGUGCCGAGGCCAGAGGACAGUGGGCUUUGCCUGUCAGCGCUUUGUUGCAGCUCUGCCGUGUGAUCCUGCCUGCCAGGCCGGAUUCUUUUGGGUAUGUGCACCCAGGCUGUAAUUGCCACUGUCCAGCUGGAGUCAUUACAGGCCCUGAGUAAGUGCCUGUUUUCCAAAAAAAAUAAAUGAAUAAAUAAAUACACACAGAAAUAAAAUAAAAAAACAAAAACAAAAACAAAAAAAUAAUAAAAAAGUUAAAUAGUAAAUAGAUAAAAAGGGGUGAAUGUCUAAUCUACCAAACACACACACACACACACACACACACACACUGGUCUGGUGAGAGGAGAUAAGAUGGUGGUGGUGAUGAUGCCUUCAAGAGAUUUUCUUUUUGCCUUACUGGAGACCAGUCAGACGGCGCUGGGAGAUGCGUCUUUGCGGACAGAGAAGGACACAAAACCAGACUUGUGCCUGAGUGGGGCCCUGAUGUAAAAAACAAAAACAAACAAACAAACAAAAAAAGCACACGUUACUGAGGCGAACUUUUUGCUCAAAAGUCUGCAUCUUUACGAAAUGCACUUCCACACCUGACUGCGCCAAGGACACGCGGUCAGCGAGAAAGUUUGUCCUCUCUGAUGACGAAAAUAUAUAUAUAAAAAAAGGACUCGCAAAGGAGACGAUAUUUAAAUGCACAUUAGCUUUGAAUGCA